UUUUUUUUUUUUUUUUUUUUCUCCCUUUUUCUUCUUUCUUCUCUAUUGUCCAGUGCUUGCUUUAGUUAUUCGUUCCUAUUCACGUGGCCACAUGGACAGCAACGAAUAUUAUAAUAUUGACUCUAUUCUAGCCGAACAUACCCGAAUUCCAUGCAUAUUCCUUCAUAACAUUAGUGCCGAUGUCAAUUUAACCGGUGAUGGCACAGAGAUCACUCGUCAAUCACGGUUGGAAUUACCGUUCUGGCUGGUCAAACCAUUUGCUGAGUUCACUUUACCCGACAAUAGUCAAUUAAUUUCCCUGGAAAUACCCAAAGCUUACGGCACCCGUGUGCGCAAUGUGUUGGAAGCUGGUCCGACCAAUGUGGAUUUUCGAUUGCUUUGCCCUUACUUUUAUUUAUUUGGCAUGAAAUUGCUCAAACUCGUAGUGGACGAUUCCUUGGCUGCUAUCCUGGAAAAAGCUUUCAAGACGCGAAUAAAAGAGAUCAUGGAUUACUCCCAAACAGGCACAGCGAGCCUGGGUCACGAAUUCUUACAGAAACUCGAUGAAACGGAAAAAGAAUUAUUCAAGGCAGGCCAAGAAAGUGCACAUCAUCUACGUCUGUGGCGAAAUCGAUCCUUCUAUCACCUGAGAUCGGUCGAUAUCAAUGCACGCCCGCUUUCAUAGUCUGUUUGCUGUUGUCACCAUUUUCUUUACCACCCCGCUACACACACUCCUUUCAGAGCAUAUCCAUUCUCAUCCACUUCUCAUAUGCUAUUAUUUCAAACUAGAUCGCUUAUUUAUAGGAAAUUCAUUUGAGGGCAGCAAGGUAUACAGGGCAUAACCAAAAAGAUAACUAGAGCUUUGGUUCUGUCAAAAAACAGAAUGAUUGCACCAUCUGUAAUAAAGACGCAUGAUAUAUUAUGACAAACAGUCUAUUCAAAGUACCUCUUGUACUCCCAUUAACC